CUUCGAUAUAUGUUAUCCGAUCAUUCAACUUCAAAUGAAUUUUGGUUAGAUCACUUUCAAUGGCCGAUGCGGAAUUGGGAGUCAGUUUUGGGGCAGGGGUUCUAGUAAAUUGAGUGUCGGCGAUGAGACGGGAGGUUCGUUAUUGUUAUCAGUUCAAUGAGCUUGUUGAAGAGCUGGGUGAUGAACAAAACAACUUAAUGUCAACCACAAAUGACAUGCUAGCCCAAUUAAGAAGAGAGAGAGCCAACUGUAAAGAGCCGUCAUAUGUCCUUCAGCGUCAAUUGCUUAAAGCAGAGUAUCUGAUAGGAAAAGCGGAGACGCUUAAACAUAAAGCAGAAGCAAGCCAGAGCUGUUGCUAUGGGGCUUGCCCAAACUGGAUACGUCGAUAUAUUGUGGGCAAGAAAGCAGAGAAGGAAACGGUAGCAAUGAAGUAUCUUAAUGCAAGUUUGAGACGAGAACUGUUGCCAUUACUUCAACCCAUGGGCCCAGCAGAAGAUUUCAUUCUAUUCAAGAGCACAGAAGAAGCACGCAACAACAUCUUAAAGGCACUGAGAGAUGAUGAGAAGAUAAAAAUUGGGCUUUGUGGACCGGGGGGUUGUGGUAAGUCAACCCUGUUAAAAGAAGUGCACAAGGAAGUGAACGACUCUAAACUUUACCAGACAGCAUUUGUUGUUGUGUCCCACCCUCCUAAUUAUCAUGCUAUUCAAGAAAGCAUUGCAAGCUGGAUGGGCCUGGAAUUUGGGCCUAUAGCGCAAAAUGUACGAUCUAGAGCUGCAAGAUUGUGCAUGGAAUUUGGAAUGGUUGAUAAAAAAUUUCUUAUAAUUCUGGAUGAUGUGUGGCAAGAGCUUGACUUUGAAGCCAUCGGAAUUCCUAUUGGUGAGAAUUGCAAGGUUCUUCUAAGUACUCGACGGCAACAGAUAUGUGACAUCAUGGAAUUUCGCGAAAUGAUUUAUUUGUCACUUUUAACGGAAGAGGAAUCCUGGCAAUUUUUCCAACGUCAUGCUGGAGAAAUAAAAGACACAUUCCAACAAGCAGCUUGCGAGCUCACUCGUGAAUGUGGUGGAUUACCUAUUGCAAUUAAAGCUACGGCCAGUACUUUGAGGGGCCAAGAACAUUUUGCAUGGAAAGACGCACUGGCAACAUUGAAAGAACGUGGAUGGCCGCUAAAUAUUGAAGAAGGACUGGAUGAUGCUUUCACAUCUUUGAAAUUCAGUUUAGAUUCGUUGAAGCAUGAUGCAGAGGAGCUAUCACUCUAUUUAUUAUGUGCUCUAUUCCCCAAGGAUUUAGAAAUCGCUAUUGAAGUUCUAAUCAGAUUUGCAUUUGGGUUGGGCAUAUUUCAAGGUAUUGACUCAUAUCAAGGAGCUAGGUCCAAAGUGCAUGCAGCCAUUGAUAAGUUCAGUAAGUACUGUUUGUUAUUGCAAGAAAGACAGUAUGUCAAAUUACACGAACUGUUACAUGAUUUGGCCUUAUGGGAAUCAAAGGAAAAAACUCAAGUGAUUAUGGGACCUAGACAGAUUGUAACCUUGACAGAGGCAAUAUAUAUGAAAGAUACAAACAGAUUAUAUUGCCAUGAUAUAAGAGAAAUUCCAGAUCAGUUGAUUUGCCCGGAACUUGAGAUACUAGUUGUGUCCAAUAAUGGUGGAUACUCAUCAAAAUUCCCAUAUAUGUUUUUCAAGGAGAUGGUAAAACUGAAAGUGCUAGCCAUAAAAAAUACAUCUAUUGGGAUGAACCCGGUUCUACUGCUACCUGAAUCAAUUGAUAGACUAAAAAUGCUUCGAACUCUUUGAGAGGAUG